CGGGCUGACUCCGGCAUUCCGUACCCCCACAAUGGACGCCCAUUAAUCCUUAUUCCAGCACAGACAAUGUGAGGACAGCAUAGAGAAGAGAUGACAGGGAGAGGAGGAGGAAAGGAGGGGGAGCGGCUGAUGUAAUAUCUGAGGAGGAGUCUGAAGGAGAAACACUGAGCACGCUGCCUGCACUUCACUACAGAGCCGACCUUGUGUGCCGGGAGGAGAGCGGAGACAUAUUCAGAGUUACAAGAUGGCCUGUAACAUGAUUCUCGAUUUUGGAAAUCAGCUAUUCCGUCGUAAGGUUGUAGGAUCUGACGGCAAGGAGAGCAGAUUGUCACGAUGCCUCAACACCUUUGACCUGGUUGCCUUGGGUGUGGGUAGCACGCUUGGCGCAGGAGUAUAUGUGCUGGCUGGAGCUGUGGCGAGGGAAAAUGCCGGACCUGCAAUCGUUCUCUGCUUCCUUAUUGCGGCUCUGGCUUCCGUUCUUGCCGGCCUGUGUUAUGGAGAAUUUGGUGCCAGAGUACCAAAGACCGGUUCUGCCUAUUUGUACAGCUAUGUCACAGUGGGGGAGCUGCUGGCCUUUAUAACAGGCUGGAAUUUAAUCCUCUCUUAUGUUAUUGGUACAUCGAGCGUGGCUCGAGCAUGGAGUGCAACAUUUGAUGAACUUAUUGGAAGAAGAAUUGAACAUUUCUGUCUGGAACACUUCACAAUGAAUGUGCCCGGUGUUUUAGCCAAAUACCCUGAUAUCUUCUCCGUGUUCAUUAUUUUGUUGCUGACAGGUCUCUUGUCAUUUGGUGUGAAGGAAUCGGCAUUUGUGAACAAGAUAUUCACGUGCAUCAAUGUACUAGUCCUGGGCUUCGUCAUCGUAUCCGGCUUUGUGAAAGGAUCUGUUAAAAACUGGCAGUUAUCAGAAAAGGAUAUCAAUGAUACCAACAUCACAGGUUUACUCAAUGAAACAGAGUCGAAUAAAUGGGAAUAUGGCACUGGUGGAUUUAUGCCGUAUGGUUUUGCUGGAGUCCUGUCUGGAGCUGCGACUUGCUUUUAUGCGUUUGUUGGUUUUGACUGUAUAGCUACUACAGGUGAAGAAGUAAAGAACCCCCAGAAAGCCAUUCCUAUUGGCAUUGUGGCUUCUCUCCUCAUUUGCUUUGUGGCAUACUUUGGCGUAUCGGCUGCCCUCACGCUCAUGAUGCCCUACUAUUUAUUGGACAAAAACAGUCCUCUGCCAGUGGCCUUCACUUACGUGGGAUGGGGUGGAGCAAGAUAUGCUGUGGCUGUUGGAUCUCUCUGUGCGCUUUCUACAAGUUUACUUGGUUCUAUGUUUCCCAUGCCUCGUGUGAUUUAUGCCAUGGCAGAUGAUGGGCUGCUAUUUAAAGUCUUAGCCAGAGUCAGUGAAAAGAGCAAAACGCCAAUUAUAGCCACAGUUUCCUCCGGAGCUGUUGCAGCAUUGAUGGCAUUUCUGUUUGACUUGAAAGAUUUGGUCGAUCUCAUGUCCAUUGGCACACUUCUAGCCUACUCUUUGGUUGCUGCCUGUGUAUUAGUUUUAAGGUAUCAACCAGAGCAGCCAAAUCUGGCUUAUCAAAUGGCCUGCACAAACGAAGAGCCGGAUAUUAAUGAGUCUGUCAGUACCAGUGAGUCCCAGGCUGGGUUUUUGGGAGAAGAUGAGAAAUUUUCUUUCAAAUUGUUGUUCUGCCCAACAAACUCUGAACCAACCAGGUUAUCGGGAGCCAUAGUAAAUUGUGCAGCUGGUGGUAUAGGGCUGCUAAUUAUCAUUUUUUGUUGUCUCUGUGUUCUCGGCCAGGAUUCUCUGGUAAAUGGAAAUGCAUUAGUGAUCUCCUUUCUUGCUCUCAGUCUUUUUUCCUGUUCCCUCUUGACUGUAAUAAUUUGGAUGCAGCCUGAAAGCAAAACCAAGCUAUCUUUUAAGGUGCCGUUUUUACCUGUGCUGCCCGUUUUGAGCAUCUUUGUAAAUGUAUACCUUAUGAUGCAGUUGGACAAAGGCACGUGGAUACGAUUUGCAAUCUGGAUGGUAAUAGGUUUCAUCAUAUAUUUUGGUUAUGGUAUGGCACAUAGUACAGAAGCUGCAAGCUCCAGACCAGACAGGAAUACAGCUGAUGGCAAAAGGACCAAUGGCUUGAAUAAUGAGAAACAAGCUUUUCUAGACAUAGAUGCUGCUAACGCAACAACAGCAUGAUACCCCCUGGUGAACAUUUUAGAUUUGAAGGCAAUGGAACUACUACAUUUGAAACUAUGGAAAAUGACUUUACCCAAAGCUUGCAACCCGCACAAAGCAUUCAGUGUCAGACGAGCUUCUCUACUUCCAGAACCGUAGAGCCAGAGUUACGGUUACCUCUUAGUGCUGCUACUCUGUUCCUAUACAAUUAAUAUAUCCUCCUUUUUAAGAUUGAUCAGAUAUAUUGAAUGUCAUAUAUGGAUCAAGUCCCCAUUGUCCUUUACAGCAGGAGGAAAACCAUGUUUGUCUUUUAACUAUUGCUUCUUCUAGGUAAACAAAAGAAAGGUUUCUGUGUAUCGGAGGAUCUCUCAUUCAAUUCCAAACCCUGCUAGUCUAUAGAGGAUGGAUCUUUUUUGUUAGGAUUUGCCAAUAUGUUUGGGGUAUGGUUCUGAAUGGGGCAUUUCUUGCUGAUAGACUGAAAUUCUGAGCAAAUCAAGUGAUGCUCAUUUUAUACCUUGAAGAAAUGUUAACUUAUUUUUUUUAUACAUUUUUUUUUAAUGCAAAAUAUAUGUGCAGAGCACUUCAAAGGGAGAUUCAAAUAUUUUGGUCUUAUGAUUUAAGCAUUGUGCAUUCAUCAACCUGGAACAUGUACAUGUUUGAUUAUGUGAAAACUGUAGCAACCAAUGAGAGUUUACUGCAGUCAAGUAAGGAAAGGUGAACUAGCUGCCAUUGGUUACUGCACUGUUGUAUCUAAUCAUUUUAAUUGCACUCCCUUAUUAAUGUAUGUCAAUUUGUGUACAUAAUAUUCAGUCUAAUGUGUGUUUUUUUUUUAAAGUACAGGCGCACCUUUUUGUAUGAAGUACACCGUACAAGGCUCCAAUCUGUUAUGCCAAUGAUUAGGCAUAAAAUGCAGUGCAGUCCCAUUUACACUGCCAGUCUCUCUGCUGUGUUUACAUUCAAUCUUCUCCUGGUGCCUAUUUUCCAAUACAUAAGCUUGACUACAAUCUCCACUGUUGGGGAACCUGUACGUGGUUUUUCAUGCAAAGGUACAACGGUACUUUUCAAUGAGCCCAUGGGUGUCAGAAGGCCCUGGUCGGAUUUCGGCAGGACCGGAAGACAGUUGGAAUAUUUGGCAUCCCCAUAGGCUGGUUUGGAACUUGGUGGCCACUAGGCUAUUCCUUAUGACAGUGUUAAUAGUGCUGCGAUUGUUGUCUGCCUGUCACAUAAAUAUGCAUACCUGUUUAUGUAUUGGAUGGAACGUCAAACGUUUGGCGGCUGGAUCAUAUCCUGACAUUCAGCUCCUGUUAAUAGUCUUGCUCAGUAAAGCAGUUGAUAGAGCACCCUAUGGGUACAAAGUUCAGUAAUCCUUAGCAGCCAGUGAGAUUACAAAUACCACCAGUAUAAAUAAAUUCAUGAUUGUUCGUGUUGGUAAUGGGUGAACUGGUGGGUGCCCACUGGGGCACAAAGCAAUCAAAUCAUAUGAAUUGCUGACCUCUGGUUGGCAAAUGAAUGAGCCAAUAAGACUUUGCUCCAUGGGUGCAUUACCCAUUAUGACAUAAUUGCACUUGGCGUUAUCUGGACUAUACAAAAUCCAAACUCCUACUGGCUUGAUUUCUUACUAGCGGAGUGUCAA